CCGUGGGGGUGGCAUUCGCCGCGCCCCUGCUUGGAGACGAGGAGGCUGGCAAAUUUCACCAAAACAAACCAGUGAGCAUGGACACUAAGUAGCUUUUAGAGAUCCAUCGUUCUUCUCUUUUCCCUUUACAUCAUUCAUCGAUAGAGAUUUAGCCAACAUGAGUCCCGGACUCGGACACGAUCCUCUUCCUUCGUACAAUAUCACUGCAUUAGGUAACACGGCACUAUGUUUGUGGCAGCAACCGCAACACAUACUGUUUCAGUUGGCGAAUUUUUGCUUCGCGUUAUCGUAUUCGGCACCAUCGUCGAGAAAAGGAAUAUUAUUUAUGCAUUCGGUCCUAAUAAUUGGAUUUAUGUUGCUAUCUGGUUGGGCAUGGCAUGUGAUUUGUGCACCGGAUAUCUUCUCUUGGAACUUUAGUUUCCUCAUACUGAACAUCGGCCAGUUAGUCUACAUCGUCUAUCAAAUGAGACCAGUUCGAUUCGACCCUGAACUAGAGGAAGCUUACCACACCCUUUUCUACCCUUUCAAAGUAUCGCGUCUGCAGUUUAAAAGGCUGGUAUCGCCGGAGUUCGCCUCGAUAAUGUCACUGCACGCUGGCGAGGCGUACGCGAUGCAAAACUUGACGCGGACCGACAGACUAGGAUUGUUGCUUAGCGGCAAGGUGAACGUUCUUAGCGAUUCGAAUUUCCUGCACCCCAUCUUACCUUGCGAGUUUCUAGACUCGCCGGAAUUCGAGAGUUCUCGCGCCUCCGUUGACGAUAAGUUCAAGGUGUCGAUUGUCGCUGCAAGCUCGUGCAGAUAUUUGUUCUGGCAAAGAUCCGCGCUGGAAUACCUCCUUGUCAAAGAGGCAUACCUCGCAACAGUUUUAACGACGCUGGUCGCGAGAGACAUCGCCACAAAACUGUACGCUAUGAACAAUAAGAUUGUUACAGACAAAGGGUCGCAUUUGGAUAUAAGACUCCCAACUAUCAGCGCGGGUCUGUCAGUAGGCGGCGAGUACAGAAGUCCAAGAGCAUCAAGGCAAGCGCUGAUUCGUCGGAAGGAGACUUCAUUACCAAGCGACAAUGGUGUUUCUAUGAAAGACCGGCAAGUAAACAAUCUGUCGAAGAAAGGCGCGCCGAACAUGGAACCACUUCCGGAAAUGCCAUCGUGCGAUGAUUUGGCAUCGAGCGGUGUCGAAAGUUGGCUGGAUUCCUCCAGCAAGUACCACAGCUGCGAGAUCGUCGACGAUGAUUAGCAGGACGCCUCCUUAACGCCGGACACGUUCUACGAGGGAGACAGCGAAUAGUGUCCGCGUUAAGGAUGAUACACAUUAAGAGAAGAAGACUGCAAUUUUUCAAUUGAACAUUGAAGACCGUUGGGUCUGCGUAAAAACUUCAGGUUCAAAUUUCUCAAACGUUAUAUUCGACACUGUUACGUAAGGCUGAUAAAACGGGAGCAGCGGAUCGCUGCGAAUGAACGGGACACUCGGUGUCUUCGUUUGGUAGUUCGUUUAUAACUCGUUCAAUACGUUUUGGAAAGACAUCGCAAACUGUGUUUUAGCCCAAGGGACCGUUUUGAUAAGAAAGAUAAAACACGUUGAUUUCAAGUGUAAUUAAUAAAACGUUUUUAAAAUGUGCGUUAACCCUCCGUCGAUGUCCGCUUACGUUUUACAAUGCUUCCGCUUUUUUAUGUUAGCAAUGGCCUUCGAAACGAGUUAACAGUGUUUUAUAUAAUAGGAAAAGUAGCAUCGCGUUAAAAGAUUGUUCGAUUCAUAAGUGUCAAUUAAUAAGUGUUAGCACAGUGUUCGUUGAAGAUAAUUAAAUGUGAGAAGGAAGUUAGAAAAUGGUGAGAGUCGCAGUUAUCUCGACGAAGGGUUAAACAAACUGAACGGUUGAUUUUGGAAAUGAAGUGUACAAAGAACGUAGACAAUUUAAUUUGAGUACAUAUAAAACCAAUAGGAAAUAGGGAUACAUCAUUUUGAGGGAAUUACUUGAAAUACAAUAUUAGGAAUUGUUAUAUGCGAUAGGAGACACCUAUUUUGUGUUAAAGAGACGUAGAUAGAUAAAUACACUUAUUAGCUGUGAAGAAAUCCAAACGCCUAAAGAAACAGGAACACCAACGGCGAGCGGAGAGUAAGGAGAAUCAGACAGUGUUGAUCAGACACAGUUCUCAAGAAGCGCUUCGCACGAUUAACGGCGCUUGAAAACCUCAGGUGUAGUGUUCAGAAAUAAUUCGAAACGCGUUUUCACGCAAUUUUCAGAGAAACAUGCGAAGUGAUUUCACUUCGUCCCACAAGCGAGCUUUCGAGGAGUGUUCUGGCAAAUCCCGAUUGCAAUUUUAGGAAUUAAUACAUAUACAUACAUGUAUAUUGCGCUAUUUAUGACUGUUGUCAUUAAUCAAUAGUAUUAUCAAUUGUAUUACUCGUGUCGCUGAGUUUAAGCAGCAGAAAACUGUUGGACUGCGACAGUUCCAGGCGUCAGUUGCGGGGAAGCUUAUGCAACAAUCUUACCCGAAGACAGCAAAACUUUAAUUGCUACACAACAAGGGAUGAAUCUCUAAAACUGUUCCUUAGACAAGUGCACCAAUUAUUUUAUAAAUACGAUUUUAUACUUUAGAAGCUUUUCUAGCUCCCUUUAACGAACGUUUAAUUUUGUCUAUAGUAUAUGUAUUAUACAUGUAUAUGUUAUAUACGGUGGAUAUUUUUUUAUAGGAAGCCACGUUGAUACGUUCGUGAAACUCGCGUGGAUACUUACCGUUUAUAAUAGCAAUCUUAAUGUAUAAUCGUACAUAUUGCACUCAUACGCAUAUAAACACACGUAUAGGGGACGAUAACUUGUUGAUAAAAAAACUGUUCCGAUUGAACAUUAAACGAUUACGUAUGUAAUAUAUAUAUAUAUGUGUAUGUCUCUACGGGGAUUGUAAUCCCGAGCACAAAGGGCUUCGUGUUUUAUAAUGCACAAAUUUACAUAGGGCGCAUUCUUAUCGAUUCUUUAUUACGAAUAUAUUAUAUACAGACGUGCGCAUGUAUACAUUUUUGAAGGUAUUAUACUAUAUAAUAAAAUUCAGAUAUUAUUUAGUAGUAGAAUGAUGGAACUGCUGUUAAUUAAUCAUAAUAAUUAUUGAGUCUACCUCUACGUCUACGUCGUUUACACGUAUUCAGAAAAUUUGUUGCCCUCGAGUUACAUGCACUUUACCAACUAUUGUUAAAAUUCUUCUUGCUUCCUCCAGGCUUUACACACUGUUAAAGCCUUUAUUUUUUCGAUUCUCUUAUUCGAAUUUUUUAUUGACGUCGGCUGCGUGUUUGUAACUUGUACGUUAAUGUAAUAUUUGACGAGCAGGGUCUGGUGUACAUAUAUACAUAUAUAUACCUUGUUAACUUUGCACCGUAGCGUUUCAUCAAUGGCAAUACAUGCGGAGGAUCGAUUUGAACAAUGUCGGGAUAGUUUGUAGCGUUUAAAUACGUGUUUUGUACAGAUUUUAAUUACUGUUUUCUUGUUGUCAAUGAAUACAAAUGAACGAGAACGAAAGUUUGCACGAAAA